UCUAUUUGUUAGAGUUGUUUUGACAAUCUUUUGACUGGCUAUUGAAGAUGUUUGGUAAACUGCUGGCUGGCUGUUGUUUUGGCGAAGAAGACUGUUCUGCUGCUGGCUGCUCUUGGAACUGCUGUUGCUUGAACUGAUGACGAUAAGCUAAGAAAUUCUGGGUUUUAUACCCGAAAAUAACCCUCUCUUCUCUCAUUAGAAUUUUUUGUGAUGGAUUUAAACAUUUCAACUUAUUUUACAUCCUGUUUUAAUAUUAUAAUGGCAUUGACAUUAAGUAAAUGUGAAAACAUUUGACUGAGCAGGUUAUAUUAGCAGCAAUUUAGAUUCAUUUAAUAUAAUUGGUUUUUGAGAAUGAAUGUAUACAUUCUAAGCAUUGACAUUUAGUAAAUGUGAUAACAUUUGGCUGGACAGGUUAUGUUAGCAACAAUUAAAAUUCAUAUAAUGUAAUUGGUUUUUGAGAAUGAAUGUAUACAUUCUAAUUUAUUUUAAAUCCUGUUUGUAAUAAUUUAAAUUCAUGUAAUGUAAUUUGCUGUUGUAUAUGAACAUGUUUCAGCACCCAUCUAAGGUAAGGUUAUUGUAGAAAUUUAUUCAAGGAGGGUAUUGACCAUGGUAAAAGGUGAAUGUCAUAAACAUUUGGCUGGGAUAGGUUAUGUUAGCGUCAAUUUAAAGUCAUGUAAUGUGAUUUUGCUGUUGUACCUGUAUGUUCAUGUUUUAGCAGGUUUCUAUAAUGUAAGGCUAUGACCAUUUGUAUACUUAAUUAUUGAAGUAGUGGUAAAAAUCUGUGUAUAAAAGACAGAGGGUAUUCUCUAAUAUUCACCAGUCUUCAAGAUUUCAUCCCAGGACAAGAAGCUCAGUUCAACAGAAAUACUACCAAAAUAAAAUGUCGUACCGUACAAUUGCUUCAACUGAUUCAGAGAAUGAACAUUUUAGCGAAUCAAUUGAUAUAAGACCGUCUUUUUCAAAAACAAAACCUGGAUCAAAACGUUCUGCAGAAAAAACAAGUGUUAAAAAACCUAUGAAAAAGAAGCAGAAUAAAAUGAAUGCAUCAUACAGAGAUAAUAUCAGCGAACGCUUGAGAUCAGAAGAUUUUGAUGUUGAAGUAUUUAAUUCGCUAACAUUCAGACAAGGAGAUGGCGUUGUGACAAUAAAGACGCCUUUUGAAGAAAAAGGAAAGGAUCUUUGGGUGCUAAGUUAUUAUAAGGUUACUAACAUCGAGAAUGUACCAGUAAAGGACAGGUAAAUACAUUGGUUUAAA